AUGGAAGGAUCGACGCUGCCUUGGGAAUCGCUGGAUCCCGAUCAUUAUUUCGGUUUGAAUCGAUUGUCGUGCCAUCUGGUGGGCUGCUGCUUUUGUCGUCUGCAUUUGGCCAUUUUCCAUUUCCGUCUGCUCUCGGUUGAAAACAUGUUGUGGGACGAUGUCAUUUAUUUAUUUCUUUUGCUAGCCACCAUCGGUUUGGGUGAAGUACUUCGACGUUUCGACAAUGCAAAUAUUAAACAAAGUAUUUCUACUGCCAUUGGUUUCGCCAUAGUCUUCAUAGUUUCAGGUUUUCACACCUUGCACUGCGUGCUGACAGCUGCUGUCAAUGCCUUAAUUAUUCGUUACGUCUCACCAAAAUUCUGUCAUGGACUCAGCUUUGGGUUUUCGUUCACUUACAUUCUCUUUUUUCGGUUCACAACUGUUUUUGGUCUUCCUGAAGUCCCCAGUCACACCAAUGCAAUUCAAAUGCUCCUCACACUUAGAAUGGUUGGCCUUGCACUAGAAGUUCACGAGACAGCAAAAAACAGGAGAUUAUUGAAAGAAUCAAAUUCAGCUGAUAAAAAACAAGACAGCAUCACUGAUGUCAAACAAGUUGAACUUGUGCUGGAGUAUCAGGGAGUCAAUCCCAGCUUUCUUGACGUGUUCCACUAUGCUUUCUGUUAUAUUGGAGUCCUCACAGGUCCGUAUUACAAGUACAGAACAUACUGGGACAUGCUGCAUGCCAAUGACACUCAAAUUUCUUUCUUCAAUCACGCUCGCCAUCGGCUACGAUAUGUGCCGGUCUAUGUCUUCUUUUUCAUCCUCUCUAGCUACUAUUUCCCCCUUUCGUAUGCGACCACAGAAGAGUUUUUUGCAGAACACUCUACCUUCUACCGCAUAUGGUACAUGACACCGCUCUUUUUCAACUUCCGAAUGCGUUUCUAUUCUGGAUUCAUUCUCUCUGAAGUGGCAUGCAUUAUGGCUGGAUUGGGAGCUUAUCCAGAGGAAUCGCAGCCGAAACCAGGAAAUGGGCCUACCGCUUUGCAGAGUUUGAGCAAAAAGGAUCGAUCCUUGACGACGUACAAUUUUGAGACCGUUCAUAAUAUUGAUGAGUAUUCGGCCGAGACGUGUGACGUAAGAGGAAGUAUGAGAGCCUGGAACAUGACGGUGCAAUGGUGGCUCGUUGUCAACGUUCACCGGCGUUUCCCUGUCAAACCGCUGAGGACUGUUGUUACAAUGUUGAUUUCCGCCUUUUGGCAUGGCGUUCACUCUGGCUAUUACCUGUCGAUGUUGACUGUUCCUUUCAUCUUAGUGGCCGAAGAUGCCAUCAAAAAGAAACUUCGACCCAUUGUGAGCCCAAAGAUCUUCAACUUCGGAAUGGGAUUCAUGAAAAUACAAUGGUUCUCCUACAUGGGAGUGGCAUUCUCCUUGCUAGCCAUGGACGUGACACUCGCUUAUUGGAAGUCAAUCUAUUUCAUUGGUCAUCUACUCGUCCCGGUGUUUUACUUAGCGUGCUUAACGAUACCUACUGCCAAACCCGUCAAAUCAACCGAAUAGAUUGUGCAGUAUUAAAGCUAAAACAUUGAUUGAUUUUUGUUAAGUUUUUCGAUCAAAUUGGCCUGCCUAAAAUUGAGUGCAAGGAAACGAAACUGUUGCUUCCCCCCAUGCAGUCCAAUCAAUGUUUAGGAAAUAUAUACACGGUUACAUG